AUGAAGGUACAGCGGCUCACGGCAGAAAUUCAGGCACUGCAAGCCAGCAGCAGCUUGGCACUUCGCAGGGCCGAGAGAUGUGACGCAGCAGAGGCUGAGACUGCACGGCUGCAGGGUGAAGUGGUUCAUCUACGUACAGAGGAGAAGCGUCUGCGACUCCUCGAGGAACGACUGGAACAAGCACAGAGCUUGAUGCAAGACAAGGAAUCUGCCGAAAGGCGAGCCGAUCACGCCACGCGACGAGCGGACACGGCGGAGCAACGGGCGAAGACCUUGGAGAGCCAUGCCAAGUCCUUGGAGUUGCAACUCCUGACAGUCACGACGGACCUGGAAGCAGCAAACCUUGCGGUGCAGGAGGCACAUGACAAGACGAGGUUACAAUCAGAAGAGCUCACAGCAGAGCUCAAGCUCACCGAGGCAGCUCGUUCCGAAAUGGAAAUCAAACUUAAGGAAGUGUUGCAAGAGCUUGCAAACACGAACGCUGGUAACGCAGCUCUUCGUCGAAAGGUAGAUGCAGACAUCCUGGAACUGAAUGCCCAGCUUUCUGACAGCCGUGCGCGAUGUGAGCGAGGUGAUGUCCAGUUAGAAGCAGAACGUGAGAAAAGUCAGCAUGCAACGAACAAGGCCUUGCUUCUAGAGGACCAGGUUGCCAAGAUGCAAGAUCGUGAGAUGACCAGCAAUGCGGAAGUUAGUGGAUUGCUGGAGGAAAAUGCCACCUUGCGGAAGGAUCUCGCCCGUGCCAACGCAGCUCGGGAGGCCGCGGAGCAGCGAGUGGCUCCGCUGGCCUCAGAAGCAUCUAAGCUGAAGGAUGAGAAGCUGGCCGCUGAGGAAGAGGCAAAGUCCUGUCGUUUGCAGAUGGAAGCAACUCGCAUGGCGCACUACGAGCAGGACCGCGAUGUGCGUAGGCUACAGGAACGCGCGGCCGCUCAAAGCGAGGAGUUGGAGAGGCUGCAGACGUUGAUCGCCAUGGGCAGCUGUGCAGACGAUGUAGCUUCGACUGCAACAUCAUCCGCGCAGAUGUAUCUCAGGGGUCCUUGCUUCCGCUUCAGAGAUGAACUGGCACUGGUGCGCAAGGAGACUCCACGGAGCGGUUGUCCUGCGCUGCCUCCCGCCGUGACCCGGCGUCUAGCUUCUCCUCGAGUGCGCGAGAGCCCACUGGCUUUGACGCAGGCACGGGCAAGGUCUGGAUCCGGAUCGCGGAGGCCUUCCAGCUUCGCCAGUACUGCCACAUCUGCCACUCCAGAUGCGGAUGAGUUUUAA